CACUUCCUGACUCCUCCCCAUACUUUGUCUAAACCCAACUUGCAGUUUUCCAAUUUCUUCUUUAUCCAUUGCUCUGACAUGGCUGAAUUUGCAGCAGAGGUUAUACAGAGCUUCAGACCUCCAUUCCCACUCCUGGAGCUCGAUCCCAACACCGCCAUGGAACAACAAAUCCCUCCAUUCACAGACCUCAACCAUUUCAACAACGACGGUUCAUCCAAUUUGCUCCAUAACUUCCACAGCUUCAACAACAACAACCCAAUUCCCACAAAUCAAGGGCAAGGCUUCUUCACUCCCCAUCAAAUGCUAGCAUUAACCAUGCCCGAAAAUUACCCCGACGUCGUCGACGCCUUCCACCAGCAGCAUCAGAGCUACAUGAACGUUGUGGAUGGCAACGGCGGCCCGUCGUCUUCAUCGUCGGUUCCUUUCCACCAACAUCAUCAAUUUCCAGAAAGCAGGAAGAGGAAAAUGGCCCCUGCUGCGGAUCAUUUACAUUUGAUCUCGGCCGAAAGCAGCUCCAUGAACAUCCUGUCCCCUCAGGCGUCUGAGAGUGGCAACAAGAGGAAAAAUGGUUCGAGGAGAGGAGGAGGGAAGAGAGUGAGAAGCAAGGAAGAGGCAGGGGAGGGCUGUGGUGGAAAUGAGAAAUUACACAAGGAAGUGGUUCAUGUCAGAGCAAGAAGAGGCCAAGCUACUGACAGCCACAGUCUAGCUGAAAGGGUGAGAAGAGGCAAGAUUAAUGAGAGACUGAGAUGCCUGCAGAACAUUGUUCCUGGCUGCUACAAGACCAUGGGAAUGGCAGUGAUGCUGGACGAGAUAAUCAACUACGUCCAAUCACUACAGAAUCAAGUGGAAUUCCUGUCGAUGAAGCUCACAGCAGCAAGCACAUUCUAUGACUUCAAUGCCGAGACAGAAGCUGUAGAGACACUGCAGAGGGCAAAGUUGCGAGAGGCAAAGGAAGAAGGGAGAGUGAUGAAAGAAGGAUAUGAUGGAGGAUUUUCAUGUUUCCACUCAACGUGGUCUCUUUGACUUCACUUUUGGAUCCUAUCGUUUCCCAAUUUGCCAUACUGCACCAAAGAAACUCAAAUAUAUGUAGUGAUAUUUUGCUUCAAAUAUGUUAACUCUCAUCUCAUGUAUGC